UACCAAAUCUUUACUCUUUCCCCCUCCAAAAAUUUACAAAGGAAAAAAACCCAAAAAAUGUUUGGUGGAGGAGACAAUGAAAACCUCGGACCAUUUACCCAACGUCUGAUGUUUCCUAAUCUCCCCCUCCACCUCCUUCCCGGCGCUUCAAUCUCCACCGCUACCGCCACCGUCGCCGGAGACGAUGAGUUUCCUAAGCGGGACGAGCGUGUUCCGCCGUGGAGUAAUCAGGAGACUAGGGAUUUCAUAGGUAUUAGGGGUGAGCUUGAAAAGGAAUUUUCUUUAGCUAAACGAAGUAAUUGGAAGAAUCUAUGGGAGAUGGUAGCUGCUAAGAUGAAGGAGAGAGGGUAUAGGAGAAGUGCAGAACAGUGUAAAUCCAAGUGGAAGAAUUUGGUCAAUCGUUACAAGGGCAAGGAAUCAUCUGAUCCAGAUAAUGGCGGGCAAUUUCAAUUUUUUGAUGAGCUGCAUGCACUUUUUACAACAAGUACAAAUAACGUACAUCAACUACAACUCGAAUCUGAGGCUGGUUCCCAACAAGCAAAAAAGAGGCCUCGGAGAACAAUUAGAGAUCAAUCUUCAGAGGAUGUCUCAGAAGAUGAAGAAGGUUAUGAGAGUGAUGAAGUAAAGUUAGCAAAAAGCAAAGUUGCUCCCAAAAAGAAUAUUGAAAAAGAAAAGCGGCCAAGAACAAAAAAUGCAGAGAAACCUUCAAGACAACCCAGCUUAGGAAGUACUAACAACAGUGGGAGAACUGUUGAAAAUAUUCAAGAAAUGCUUAAAGAUUUCUUUCAGCAGCAACUGAGGAUCGAGAUGCAAUGGAGAGAGACAAUGGAGAAGUGUGCUCGUGAAAGAGAAGUAUUUGAGCAAGAAUGGCGGUCGUCAAUGGAGAAGCUCGAAAGGGAUAGGAUGAUGAUUGAACAGGCUUGGAGGGAGAGGGAGGAGCAAAGAAGAAUGAGAGAGGAGAACCGAGCUGAAAAGAGGGAUGCACUGUUGACGACGCUUUUGAACAAGCUCAUAGGUGAAAAUCAUCCUUGAGAUGAUUCAUUUUGCUCAUGUUAUAUAUUAGAUACAAUGAGAAAUUUUCUGUUUGCUGGUUUAUAGCAGAAGAUUUAGGUAGGUUACAAAAUAUUUGAAGAAUUAAGAGUUUGGCUUAUAUAUAAGUAGGAAUUACCAACACGGAGAAAUUCGCAACUCAGAUAGAUAUGCAGGUAUCAUGAUACAUGUUCAUGCUUGCUUUCUUGUAAAUAUUUACAGGAGUUAAUUAAUUAAUUAAGCUAAAUUAGAUGUGGAUAAAAGGGUUGGCUUUGAGCUUUGGAGAAGAAUGAAUUGUUUGUGAUUUGAUAAAAAUCAUAUGGUGUACUGUAAAGCACUCAUAGUAUUGGAAUGUAAGCAUUUUACAAUGACUGUGUUUUCAAGAUUUCAAA